CGGCGACUCACCCGGAAGGAGAAGCCGGGAUUCGGGCUAUAUGGUGCGGUGCUGGUGGUGUCGUAGAGAGCGGCUGCUGCUCUCAGGAGCCAGCCCGGAUCAUUUGUUGGCAGUACAUAUUGGCUGAAGUCAGUUUUCAUUUCAAGAUGUUCUCUUCCGAUGGGCUUUUGGUGUAGGAUGUUGGAGAACCAAGAGCUGGAGGAGGUGAUCACGGUGCGUGUUCAGGACCCCCGGGUGCAGAAUGAGGGCUCCUGGAAUUCUUACGUGGACUAUAAGAUCUUCCUUCAUACGAACAGCAAGGCCUUUACCGCCAAGACCUCCUGUGUGCGGCGCCGCUACCGUGAAUUCGUGUGGCUGAGGAAGCAGCUACAGCGGAAUGCGGGUUUGGUGCCUGUACCUGAACUUCCUGGGAAGUCCACUUUCUUUGGCAACUCCGAUGAGUUCAUUGAGAAGCGGCGGCAAGGUCUACAGCAUUUCCUUGAAAAGGUCCUGCAGAGCGUGGUCCUUCUGUCGGACAGUCAGUUGCACCUCUUCCUCCAAAGCCAGCUCUCAGUGCCUGAGAUUGAAGCCUGUGUCCAGGGCCGAGGCCCCCUGACUGUGUCUGACGCCAUUCUUUGUUAUGCCAUGUCAAACUGUGGCUGGGCCCAGGAGGAGAGGCAGAGCACCCCUCACUUGGCGAAAGGGGACCAGCUUAACAGUUGCUGUUUUCUUCCAAGAUCAGGUAGGAGGAGCUCUCCUUCGCCACCUCCCAGUGAAGAAGAGAAGGACCACUUAGGAACUUGGGCUCCAGUGAUUGACUCUGAGGGUCCGUCCUUGGAAAGUCCCAUGCUGCCACCCAGCUCCUUACCGUCAUGCUGUGAUCUUACUGCAAGACACGAUGAGGGACUCCGUGGGUCCCAGCCUGUGAGAAGGGCUGUGGAAGGGGACCGUGCUGUGCCUUUGGAUCCUGGUCAGCCAGACACAGAGUGGGGAAAGUGAGCUGUGGCUGAGAUCUAGGUUCUCUUGGGUGGUGGAGAAGAUGCAGGCCACAGUCACAUGCAGGUGGGAUGGGGCCCCGGGCAGCUGCGAGGGAAGCUGGGCUGUUUAGCAUCUCCCAUCCACAUCUUCUCAGGUUUGCUCUGCAGGGGCUGGUUGUGACUGCCUGCUCCAUCUCCUCCACCGGAAUGGGCACCAUGCUGGUGUUUGUUAAGUUAAGCGCAGUGCCCAGAAGCUCUUGGUGUUAAAUAGAACUAUAUCGACUUCCCCAGGAGCUAAGUUUCUUCAGGUGUUUGUUUAGAGCACAGCCAUGGAUGAAUGGUUUAGGGAACCUCUUCAUGUCAGGUUUUUAGCUGCCAUAUUGAAUACUGUCCCAGCAGAAUGCUCCUAUUGUUGUAUUCCCACCUUGGCGGGCUUCAGCUUUUGCUGCAGCCCCUGGAGCAUUUUGGUUGUGGGAGGCUGGCCUCUUGCCUGCCUCCAUGUGUGGACAGGGUGGUGAAUAAUUUAUUUAUUUACCACCUCCUUGCUUCUCAGUAAAUGGCAGUGAUGUGGCUCUUAUUGCUGGGGUUUCCAGUAUCUUCCAAGACCUUGGCAGGUUGGAUGGAGCCUGAGAGCUGCAGGCAGGGAGUUCAAGCCCAUUGAGGCGAAGUGUCUGGCUGCAGCCAGGGUGAGGGAACAGCGCAGACGUUUGUUUGGGCAGAGGUGACUCUGGGCUGCCCAUCUUGUGCUUAUAAAGCAGAGCUGAUGUUUCUGCAGGGGUAAAGCGGGCUCCUUUCUUUUUUCUUUCCCAGUAGCGACUCCCAGGGCUUUAGCUGCCACAGUGCCCACUGUUGCAUUGCAGGGACGAAGCCCGAUGCUCAGUCCAGUGGGGGCACACAGGGUCCAGUGGGGGCACACAGGGUCCAGUGGGGGCUUUGUUUCUAGAAGCCUGGAGUGGGGGCUCUGGGGAUGGAGAUGAGGAACCACAUGCUUUCCUUCAGACACUGAGGCUUCUGCCCUCCUGCUGCUGGAAUCCUGUCUGCAGAGAGCAGGGCCGGUAGCCGGAGCUUUAGGGUGGGCUCUCUGCCGGGCUCACCUUGUUGUUGCUCUGCUCUGAGGGGUGUGUACGCGUCCUCUCUCUGGCCAUCUGCCCCAUCUGUGGGCUCUUUUACUACUGUACCGGCCUGUGUUGUGGGAUUGUCAUGACAUUUAGUUCAGAGUUGAGGGGCAUUGGCCUGAAAUAAAAUGCAAGUAUUUAA